AUGAGAUAGAUACCUACCAACUGUAGGAGACCACCUCUUCAAUCCAGUUCUCUCCCCUUCGAAUUCCCUCCAAAAUUUUCUCAACUUAGAAACCCUAACCCUAAUUUAAUCUCGAUGAACGGCAACGAGUUCCGCUUCUUCUUCUCUUGCGACAUCAACCUCCCCGUCACCUUCAAGAUCGAGCGCCUUGAGGGCAAUUUCCCCCAAUCCCCGCCCAAAUCUGAAGUUCUAGCUUCAAAUGGUAACAAAAAUGCGGAGCUAUUCGUUGAAUGUUCCUUGUACCUUGACGGAGUCCUUUUUGGCUUGCCUACAAGAACGAGGCUGGAGUCUUCGGGACACCCAUAUUGCUGGAAUGAGCUCAUUACACUGAGUACUAAGUAUCGCGAUUUAACUUCUCAGGCCCAACUUGCAGUAACUGUUCGGGAUGUGUCCUGUGGUUCUGACGAGUCUUUAGUCGGUGGUGCUACAAUUUUUCUUUUCAAUAGCAAAAAGCAGCUUAAAACUGGGAGGCAAAAGCUUCGACUUUGGGAAAGAAAAGAAGCAGAUGGAAGCAUUCCCACUAGUACACCUGGGAAGGUUCCAAAGCAUGAGAGAGGUGAGAUAGAGCGCCUGGAAAGGCUGGUAAAUAAGUAUGAAAGGGGGCGGAUACAACAUAUCGAUUGGUUGGACCGUCUUGCAUUUAAAUCUGUGGAGAAGCUCAAAGAAAGGGAAAGCAGUAUAAAUGGAAAUUCUCACCUAAGCCUGAUAGUUGAUUUCUGCAGUUUUGAACACACAGUUGUUUUUCAGGAGUCUGGAGCAAAUUUUUUGGCUCCGACUUUUGUUUCUUCAACAAACGAACUUGUUACUGUAUGGGACCCUGAAGUUGGAAGGAAAAAUCCUUCUGAGCACAAACAACUAAAGCUUGCAAGGAGCUUGACUCGUGGCAUAAUUGAUCGAGAUCUUAAACCAAGUAAUAGCGAAAGAAAGUCAAUACACAGAAUCCUCAAGUACCCUCCAACACGAACAUUGAGCGGUGAUGAGAGACAACUGCUGUGGAAGUUCCGCUUCUCUUUGAUGUCAGAAAAGAAAGCACUCACAAAAUUUCUUAGAUGUGUUGAAUGGAGUGAUGUUCAGGAAGCAAAGCAGGCAAUUGAUUUAAUGGGCAAGUGGGAGCCCAUUGAUGUGGCUGAUGCAUUGGAACUUCUGUCUCCUAAUUUUGAGAGUGAAGAAGUUCGUGCAUAUGCCGUAAGUGUUCUUGAAAGGGCUGACGAUGAUGAACUCCAUUGUUAUUUGCUUCAGUUGGUGCAAGCUCUCCGCUUUGAAAGAUCUGAUAAGUCCCGCUUGGCACUUUUCCUUGUGCAGCGCUCACUGUCGAAUAUCGAGUUGGCUAGCUUCCUCCAGUGGUAUGUAAGAGUCGAGUUUCAUGAUCCUGCCUGUGCAAAACGCUUUUGCUGUACUUAUGACAUGCUAGCAAGCAUGAUGAAGAUGUCACCAGGCUUAAAUGGAGAGAAAUUGUUGCAGAGUUUGGUCCGCCAAACAGAAUUGACUGCUCAGUUGGGUUCUAUUAUGAGAGAUGUAAGAAACGUACGAGGUGGAACACAAAAAAAGGUCGAGAAAUUAAGACAGCUUCUUUCUGGACUUCUUAGUGAGCUUACUUUUUUUGACGAGCCUAUCCGGUAUCCUCUAGUUCCAAACCUACUCAUAACUGGGAUCGUGCCAUCAGAAUCAUCAAUUUUCAAAAGUGCACUGCACCCUCUACGGUUGACCUUCCGGACAGCAAAUGGGGGAACUUGCAAAGUAAUCUUUAAGAAAGGAGACGACCUACGUCAGGAUCAAUUGGUUAUUCAGAUGGUUUCUCUUAUGGACCGAUUGCUUAAGUUGGAGAAUCUUGACUUGCAUUUAACUCCAUAUAGAGUGCUUGCUACCGGACAAGAUGAAGGGAUGAUGGAGUUUAUUCCAUCCAGAUCACUUGCACAGAUUUUGUCAGAGAACAGGAGUAUCACAAACUAUCUUCAAAAGUAUCACCCUGAUGAAAAUGGACCAUUUGGUAUAACAGCCACUUGUCUUGAAACUUUUAUUAAAAGCUGUGCUGGGUACUCUGUCAUUACAUACAUCUUGGGGAUAGGUGACAGGCAUUUGGAUAACCUUCUCCUCACGGAUGAUGGGCGCCUGUUUCAUGUUGAUUUUGGUUUUAUUUUGGGUCGAGAUCCAAAGCCAUUUCCACCGCCAAUGAAACUUUGCAAGGAAAUGGUUGAGGCCAUGGGUGGAGCUGAAAGCCAAUAUUACACGCGGUUCAAGUCUUACUGUUGUGAGGCAUAUAACAUUUUACGGAAGUCCAGUAACCUUAUAUUGAAUCUGUUUCAUCUAAUGGCUGGUUCAAACAUCCCUGAUAUAGCUUCUGACCCUGAAAAAGGCAUUCUCAAGCUUCAAGAGAAAUUCCGUUUAGACUUGGAUGAUGAGGACUCCAUACAUUUCUUCCAAGAUCUCAUAAAUGAAAGUGUUAGUGCAUUGUUUCCUCAAAUGGUGGAGACAAUUCAUCGAUGGGCUCAGUAUUGGCGCUAACUGUUUUGGUUUUUAAUUGUUAAGGUCCAGCAGCAAAGGGGAUUAAAACUGUCUGCCAAAGGCCCAUAUCACAUCUGCUGCUCAAAUCCGUGUACAUCUAUGAUCUGUUUAUUACCUAUUUGCUUUGGGGCGGUUGCUUUUAUUUUACUUUUUUGUAUAUAAUUUCCACAAUGCUGGUGAGUAUUGUAUUUAUAGCACAUGAAAUGUAUAUAUAAGAAAAAUUAUUGUAUCUGAAAAGAAAACUUGUUAUGGAAUAAAUUGAUAUUGCAAGUAGAUAUGUACGCACUGUUGAGACUC